GGAGUGCAAGAUGGCUGGAUUGUCUCUUCACUCGAGGCUUGCUUCCCCUUCCUUCUCUCUACGUUGAUACUCUCUUGUUGUUUUACUCUGCUGGUUCUAUGAUGAGGUGACGAGAGCACGUUGAGCACUUCGAGUAAUAGGGCACACGAGACAAGGAGGAGGAUCUUCGGAUAUCAUCACAGACGACUUCUCCCACACACACGCCCACACGAUGCUCUGCCGACCUCGGCUGGCCAGCCUGUCCACCUCCACCGGCCUCUGCGAUACGGCCUUCAGACGAAGCCUGUUCAAAGCAUGGCGAAAUCCACAGGCUUAUAGACCAAGAUGUCAGACGGCAAGGGCAAUCAGCGGAUUGACUAGGAGCAUUGCCCAAGGCCCAACUGAGCCGCCAUUGAUCCAAGACACCAUCCCUCAACACUUCGCUUCGGUCGUCUCCCAACAUGGCGACCGUCCUGCGGUGAUAGCGCGAUCGCCAACGGCUAUCGCUGAUGCCUUCCCGAACCUCGCGCCCGGCCAGCUUCCCGAAGCUCUAGAGACGGCCUACACAUACGAGGAGCUUGAUCAGGUGUCCAACCGUCUUGCGCAUUCUCUACGGUCUCUUGGGGUUAAAAAAGGCGAUAGAGUGGCUGUUAGCUUGGGCAACUGCGCAGAAAACGCUGCCAUCACCUACGCCGUCUUUAAGCUCGGUGCCAUCCUUGUGCCCUUGAAUCCUGGAUUCAACGCCAAGCAGGUGUCUGCUGCCCUGAACCAUCUCGACGUCGAGCUUCUGAUCAUUGGUGCUGUUACAGACCUGGCCUACAAACCAUGCCGUGGACGGAGCAACCUCCCGCUCCUUCGGGACAUUGUUCCCGAUCUAGAGUCGGGCAAGAUCGAAGCCCCCAACGUGCCAUCACUACGAACAGUAGUUGUCCUCGACAACACGCCUUCUCACCCUACUGCGGACUUUCCACCGCUAUCGUCAUGCCGGUCACUAAUCCCCUUUUCGAUCCUUAUGGAUGGCUCCGGCGCACCGGUAACCCCUGACGCGCCACUCUGCCCUUCCGAAACCAUCAACAUCCAGUUCACCUCCGGCACGACCUCGCACCCAAAGGCCGCUAUGCUCACUCACACCGGCAUCCUCAACAACGGCGCGUUGAUCGCCAAUCGCAUGGGCCUCGAGCCCACCGACAGCAUGGUCGUGCCUCCUCCGCUCUUCCACUGCUUCGGGUGCAUUCUAGGUUACAUGGCCACUGCCACCACCGGCGCCGUCAUCCUCUUCCCCAGCCCAGCCUUCGAUCCACUAGCCUCGCUGCGCAUGGCGGCCGACCACAAGGCCACCGGUCUCUACGGCGUUGCCACCAUGUUUGUGGCCAUGCUCGAGCUGAUCGGGGCGCAAUCACAUCUUUCCAACCCGCUCAUACCGCUCAAGGACAUCGAGGACUUCCCUAAUCACCUGCGCAAGGGCAUUGCAGCCGGCAGCUCCGUGCCCGAGAGUCUGAUGCGCAGACUCUACGCGAAGAUCGGUCUGCGGGACUUGGUGAUCUGCUACGGUAUGACGGAGACUAGCCCCGUGAGCCUCAUGACAGCGCCCUCAGACCCGUUCGUGAAGCGCACCACUUCCGUCGGCAAGGCGAUGCCGCACACCAAAGUCAAGAUCGUCGACCCACUCGACAGGACGCGAAUCUUGCCCAUUGGCGAGCGCGGCGAGCUCGCCUCCGCGGGGUACCUGGUCAUGAAGGGCUACUGGGGCGACCCAGAGCGGACAGCGGAGGUGAUGAUCACCGAGCCUGACAACGACGGAAGCGGCUCGAGCACGACGUGGAUGUACACGGGCGACGAGGCCAGCAUGGACUCGGACGGCUACGUGGAGAUCACGGGCCGCAUCAAGGACCUGAUCAUCCGCGGCGGCGAGAACAUCCACCCGCUCGAGAUCGAGAACUGUCUGUUCCAGCAACCGCUGAUUGCCGAGGCCAGCGUCGUCGGCGUGGCGGACGAGAAGCUAGGCGAGAGCGUGGGCGCCUUUAUUAUUGUGCACAAGGACGUCGAGCCCGUCGAGGGCGAAGGUGGGGAGGGGGAUGUGCUUUCCCUAGAAAGCACGGCGAAGGGAAGAAGUGAGGGGAAGAAGACGCUGUCGAGACGCGAGGUUAGGGAGUGGGUUGCCGAGCAUCUGUCGAAGCAUUUGGUGCCUAAGCACGUGUUUUGGGUUGAGGAGUAUCCGAAGACGGCGAGUGGGAAGAUUCAGAAGUUUAAGCUGAGGGAUCUGGCGAAGACAUUGAUUGCUGAGAACAAGGGCUGAUGUUGGUGAUGGGAGGAGUGGUUGUGGUGUUUUGGCGGCUGAGUGUCAAGGGAGCAUUGUGGCGUUGGUCAUUGGGUUUCUUG